AUGACCGACCACGAUCACCCACCACCGCACGUCCUCGACCCUCAAGAUCAGUCCGCCGGUCGCCCAGCUUCCUUGAUCUUCCUGCAUGGCUAUGGAGACGAUGCCGAGGGCCUGCCACAAGGUCUCGCCCAACAGUUCCAGUUCUACAAGAAACUGCCCUAUCUGCGAUGGGUGCUGCCCAAUGCUCCAUUCAACCGCGAGACCAUGAAUCGCGCGUGGUAUUUACCGAAAGCCCUGCCCAACCCGCUGAAACCUCGUGUGCCUGGCGAGGCCGACGAAAGUACACUGGUGGAAGCGGCAGAGCAUGACGAUGCAGACGACGAGCAAGGAAUACUCGCAAGCUGUCGAGUUGUAGACGAGCUGGUACAGGCGGAAAUAGAUCGAGGUGUCGAGCCUGGCAGAAUCGUGGUCGGCGGCUUCAGUCAGGGCUGUGCGGUUAGUCUGGUGUGGGGUUUGACGGGGCAACAGAGGGAGAACGUUUGUGGGACGUGUUGUCUGAGCGGGUACUUUCCGCUGGCGAGCAGAAUUGCUGAUCUGAGGGAUGAGGCAAACAUUGCGAGGGAUGACAAGGGCGACGGUAUGCAGUGGUUCUAUAUUCAUGGCAACAAGGACGUACUUGUGCCAACAAGGCUGUUCACGCAAGGGAAGGAGGAGCUGUGUAAGUGGAUUGACGAGCAAAAUCUGGAAGAGCAUCUGUAUGACGGGAUGGGCCACAGCACGAACAACAAGUUGCUUCGAGAUCUCUUGGGUUUUCUGAGUCGGGUAGUGCCGCCGUGA